CAACACCGAACCGGCCAUAAAUCACAUUGCAUUAUCACCGCGCCGUGCUUCGCCUUGUGCUCUGCCCGCCCACCGCGCGCCUCUGAUAGGCCGGUGAGGCUCCUUGGCCGGCCUCUCCGAGCGCCACAUCGGUGCAAUCGUAAAUCCCGCCUCCUGACUUGGGGCCGGUGAUUGGGAAAUGGGCUCUCCUUGAACUGUCAAUCAUGCUCUUUCUUGUGCGCCUCGCAUUCAGUGCUGCUCCCUGCGACGCGCUGAGUGUGGAGCGACGAGACGCGCUGCAUACCAACAGAGACAUACGGGAGCAGGCUAAUUAAGGCUGAAGUGGCGACUUGCGACUGGUCAGGACGCACAGACCCCAUCCUGUUCUCUGACAAAAAAACAUAUUUAUGUCAAGUCAUUGGACAGUUUCAAUUUUACCUUUUCUUCCCAUGCAUUUUCUAAAAUAUUUCCUCUUUCCUUCAAGGCACUGAGAGCCAAACUAAGUGUCUAGGAUAUUUGUUUUUUCUGCUCUGAUAUUUUUCUGGUUGAGAGAUUCCACACAGGAGAAGACAAACAGCCCUCUCCGUCUCUCUCUCCGACUGGGGUCAUCAAAAGGAAAAGUCAAGUGGACAAGACUGAUGUUUUCGUCCAGUCACAUGUAGAAAGCGUUGGACGAUUGCUGUUGACAUUCAUCCACUGGGUCGUUUUUUAUAUACAUAUUCCCUGCAACGGUAACAUAAAAGGAGGAAUAGGCAUUUGGCUGCAAAAACAAGCAGAAAAUCUAUCAGAACUCCAUCAUGGGCUGCCCCCUCUUGCGGAACGCGUUUGCUGGUUUGAUCCUGGUUCUGCUGUCGAAAGGGUCCAGUGUGCAUGGAACAGAAUUCGGACACCUGCCGGACAACAUUACAGUGUUGGAAGGAGAAAGCGUCACUUUGAGAUGUCGGAUCGAUGAGGAGGUGACCCACAAGGCCUGGCUGAACCGCUCUAACAUCCUGUUCACGGGCACAGACAAGUGGUCGCUGGACAAGCGUGUGACGUUGGCUAACAGUAACAACAGUGACUUCUCCAUCCACAUCGACAAGGUCCAAGUAACCGACGAGGGGCCCUACACUUGCACCUUCCAGGCCAAUAACAAACCUCGCAUCGCCCACGUCUACCUCAUUGUCCAAGUGCCGGCCAGAAUUGUCAACAUUUCAAAAAACGUGUCGGUGAACGAAGGAGAGAAUGUAAACCUCUACUGUCUGGCAGUGGGUCGGCCUGAGCCCACCGUCACCUGGAAAGACCAGAAAUAUGGGUUGGUGAGUGAGGGGGAGUUCCUAGACAUCACAGAGAUCAAGAGGCAGCAGGCUGAGGACUACGAAUGCAUCACCAACAAUGGAGUGGCUCCGCCCGAUCAGCGCAAGGUCAAGGUCACAGUCAACUACCCUCCCAUGAUCACAGACAUGAAGAACAUGCCAGCCCAUUUGGGUAAGACGGCCAUCUUGCGCUGUGAAGCCAUGGCAGUCCCACCAGCUGCCUUCGAGUGGUACAGAGAUGACCACAGGCCGGUAGAGAGUGACAACACCCUGAGGAUCAAAAACGAGAGGACGCGCUCGCUGUUGCUGUUCACCAAUGUGACAGAGAAACACUUUGGCAACUACACUUGCUUUGCCUCAAACCGUCUGGGGGCUUCCAACGCCAGCAUGCUGCUGUUUCGACCGGGGGCCAUACAGGGGCGAGGGACCGGUUUACAUGCAGGAAUGAGUGUCAGCCUGUGUGUUUGGGUUUCCCUCUCUGCUGUUCUUCUGCUGAAGGUGUAAAGAUCGAGCUCCACCUGGAAUUGUCCCUAAACGUCCCUGAAAGCCCCCACCCUUCCCGCUGGAAG